AUGGCAGAGUUAGACGAUAGCAUUGAGCAACAGAUUCAGUCGAUAGAGGGUUCAAACAUCAAGAAGGAGCUCAAUUGGCGAGAGAUCAUCUUUGGGCGAACAGAUAUGCUAUGUGGGAAGAGGUCAACAUCGCCAAAAGGACCAGACUUGAACUAUUUCCCUGUUUUAUGUUUAUCAGACAUUUUGGAUGCUAUUAAUGAAAGAAAGAUCGAACGGAUCACUCGGGAAAUUCAAGAAGCCAAGGAAGAAGGGCUCAGAGUCGACAUAGCCACCGCAAUUUACAAAGCUGCAGCUGUGACAUUGGAUGAGGAUCUGGCAUCACAGAUGAAGAGAAAGAAAGACGUUGAGAUGGAGACAGAAGACUUGCGAGAGAAGCUGGACACGCUUCGGUUGAAAACAAAGCUCAGACAGAGGGGAGAUAACAAUGAAGAAGUGAGUCUUACUGAUGUUGUGGUGGCUCAGCCCACCGUAGCGGAACAGAAUGAGUUGAUUAUGCAGCUGAUGCAACAGAUUGCAGAAAUGAGAGUGGAAACACAACGGAGACAUGAUCUGCCUCCACCUGGAUUUGCUUCUAAUGUUGCUGAUAGAAGGCCUCCAAUCUACUUCCCUUCCUCAAAUAUGGAUCCAACUCAGAAUCAGCCAUCUACACCUGUUCAUAAUCCGUCGAAUUACCAAACCUCCCAAAACGCUCAAAGUCCCUCUAUAGCUCCACCCCUACCAAAGAGAGCCACUUUCCAAAUUCCCGUUCCUGCCGAGCACGACGUGCACGGUUCUGAGUUGGACCACUAUGAAGAACAAGAAAAUGAAUGGAGGACAAAGGAAGAUGCAAGGGUCGAUAUAAAUGAGGAAAUUAAGAAGGCCAUGAAGGAGCUACAAUGCAUCCCCGACGUUGCUGGACUUAGUUACGAGGACUUGUGUAUCCACCCGAAUUUGGACCUUCCAGAAGGGUUCAAGAUUCCAAAGUUUGACACCUUCGGAGAAGUGUGCAACCCUAUGGCUUAUCUGAGAGCCUAUUGUGACCAGCUCGUGGGAGUUGGAAGGGAUGAAGCUUUGUUGAUGCGGCUUUUCAAUCGAAGCCUGUGUGGGGAGGCUCUCGAAUGGUUUACCUCACAUGAAACCAGGAAAUGGCCCAGUUGGAAUGCAUUGGCCAAAGAUUUCAUCGAUCGAUUUGCCUACAACGUCGAAAUAGUUCCCGAUCGGUAUUCUCUGAAGAAGAUGAAGCAAAAGUCAACUGAAAGCUAUAGGGAGUUCGCCUAUAGGUGGAGGAAUGAAGCGGCAAGGGUAAGGCCACCCAUGACUGAGAAAGAAAUCGUUGAAGUGUUCGUACGUGUGCAAGAGCCAGAAUACUACGAUAGAAUCAGGUUGCUCGUUGGAGCAAAGUUUUCCGAGAUAGUCAAGAUUGGUGAGACUAUCGAAGACAGUUUGAAAUCAAGGAAGAUAGCCCGUGUAGCCACAUCACCUGGAUCUUCAAGGUUGCUGAAAAACAAAAGAGAAGAAGUUGCUGCUAUUUCGUAUGGGGGAAGGAAAACGCCCGGAAGCUCGUCGUAUUCCCAAUGUCGUUCCAGGCCUUCCCCAAAGUCCUACCAAGUUUACUACACGCAAUCCAGUCAUCCCAAUAACCAGAAUACUACCCCCAUUUAUCCAAACACCCAAGCUCCACUAUACCAAAGUCCACCCCCAAGUUUCAAAAAUCUUUCUCCCACGUACCCAAAUUACCCUCAACCCUACCAAAUUCCAUCUCCCUAUCAGGGUAUUGCUCCCAACAGUGCUAACGUGCCUCCUCCUCAACAAGGCAGUUAUGACCCUCCCCAACCCAGAUUUGAGAAGAGGCCUUCAAGGAACUUUACUGCACUCACUGAAAGCUGGACCAAACUGUAUGAGAAAUUGGCCGUGGCUGGAUACAUCCACCCUGUGGGGACCGAACCCGUGGAUGUCAAUUCAAAAUUCUACAAACCUGAUCAGAUAUGUGAUUAUAAUUCCAACGGUGUUGGACAUGAUACUGAAUAUUGUAUCAACCUCAAACACAAAAUUCAGGACCUGAUUGAUCAGGAGGUAGUCUCUCUCCAACCGGCAGCACCAAAUGUCAACACAAACCCGUUGUCAAAUCAUGGAGGCAGCAACAUCAAUAUGAUUGAGACAGAUGAAGACUGGUGUGGAACAAAGAUGAUUACUCCCAUUGUUCACGAUGACUUGGAAAGGGCUGUCACUUCUUUAAGUGUCAAAGAAACGAGAGAGUUUGUUAUUUUGACACCUACAAAGGUUGUUGCCUUGGUGCCGUCAGAAACUCUCGUCAAGCCUAAGUUUGUUAUUGAAACCGCUGCUGCUCAAGGCAUGACCAGGUCUAGAAGGUGUUACACUCCUGACAAGCUUGCUCUCGGAGGACAGAAGAAGGACCAGGCUAAGAGGCCGAUAAGCGAAGGAGAAACGGAAGAAUUCAGGAGAAUGAUGCAACCAAAGUAUUAUUCCAUCGUCAAAAAUUUAGAGAAGACUCCGGCUCAGAUCUCCAUAUGGGCCCUACUGAUGAGCUCUCAGUCCCACAGGAAGGCCUUAAUGAAAGCUCUCGAUGAUACAUACGUACCCGCAGGUACAAGUAGUGAUAACGUGGCUUCCAUGAUUCAUCAGGUUAUUCGAGGGUACCGAAUCAACUUUUGUGACGAUGAGCUGCCUGUCGAAGGAAGAUCACAUAACAAGGCGCUGCACAUCACUGUUAUAUGCCAUGAAAAGGUUGUCAACUGCGUCUUAGUAGAUGACGGAUCUGGUCUGAAUAUCCGCCUGUUGUCGACAUUGAGGCAGCUAAGGUUUGACCUCAGGAAACUGGAGCAAAACCAGGUCAACGUGAGAGCCUUCGAUGGGGUUCAAAGAGAUACAUUGGGGGCAGCGAAUUUGACCAUUCAAAUAGGCCCCGUAGAGUUCAGCGUGCAAUUUCAUGUAUUGGAUAUAAAUACCAAUUAUAACCUUCUUCUGUAA